GAAAUAAUGUGAUUAGUAAAGCAAUUAGUCAGCACUUAAAAUAUUUGUAAAUGUAUACACAAAUAUAUAAUACCUAUUUAUGUAUAUAUACACCAAAGUUUCCCAUUCUUUCUAUGACUGCUUUUUGCUCCCUUUCCCCCCAUACUUUGUCUCUUGAAAAAUUCACACUGCAACCUCCAACUGUUCCAGGUACUUGGUUUGCUUUCAGCACGAAGCUUGUGGGAUGCGCUGCCAGUAGGGGGCAAAAAUCACCCAGGCGUGCUUAUUACCCAAGCAACGGAGUCAAACUGCACUUUCAGAAUGACUUUACAAAAGGGUUACCAACAAGGUAAUAUGUUUUUUGUGUUAGGUCGCUUAAUAAUAACUAAAAGAUGAAAACGAGGAAGUGAGAAGCAGUAGGGACAGCCCUACUGUUAAGUAUUCAUUAAUUGGGAGCCCCGGUGUGCUGGGCUUGCGGGUGAGCAUGAAGACAGGCGUGGGAUGGCCGAGCUCACAAGCCUCAGGCUCAGAUUCUGGCAGUGGACGCGCCAAGGGCUUCAGGUUACUAGCGGUUUCACUGCCAAUAAAGUGAUUUGAGCAAGCUUAACAAGAAAUGAAUAUGUAAACAUUUUGUUUCUAGGACUAACUAGGUGAUGACGAGAUUUUCCAACUGACAAAAACGCCGCUAGCUAACUUCCUGGGCCGCAGCUCCCCACCCUAACAGGUUCUGAAAAUAGCUCCAGGCCCUUCCUAGCCGGAGUUUGAAAGCAGGCGCGGGGCGCAUGCGCGCGGACCACCGGCCGACCUCCCGGCGGCCCCAGCACGCGGACCUUCUUCCCGACAGCCCGCGGGGGAAACAAGGGCGGGGAAACGGAAUUACCGCGAGCUCUCCUUGGGAGCCGGCGGAAACAGUAAUCACGUGACUCUCCUAAGCGGCCUUCGCUUUCCCCCUCCCCCUUCUCGGAAACCCGGCCCCCUCACCCCUCGCCCACCCCAGAGCCGCGGUAAUGGACCGUUUGGGUUCCGGAAUUCUCUUGGAUCCAACAACUGGUACCGGGCCUAGGAAAGCCGGCGGAGUCCGUUUUUGGCGGCGAAGGCUGGGAGGGGUGGUCAAGAUGGGGGGGAAGUCAUCUUCCUUCACCUAGGAGGGAGGCAGGGCGGAGAGAGGCACAGAGGAGCGGGUGGGGAGGCGGGAGGAAGUCACGUGAGGGCGCGGCGCCUCGUCCGUCGCCCCUCCCCCGCCCCUCCCGGCGGGCGGGGGGGUUGGGGGAGGGGCGUCAAGAUGGCGGCGGGGAGGUAGGCAGAGCCGGACGCUGCUGCUGCUGCCGCCGCCACCGCCGCCUCCGCUCCAGUCGCCCCUGGUUCUUCAAACUCGCACCUCCCGGGAGGAGCUGUCCUGGCGCCGGGUUCCGCGGGGAAAAUGGUGGAACCAGGGCAAGAUUUACUGCUUGCUGCUUUGAGUGAGAGUGGAAUUAGUCCGAAUGACCUCUUUGAUAUUGAUGGUGGAGAUGCAGGGCUCGCAACUCCAACACCAACCCCUUCAGUUCAGCAGUCAGUGCCACUUAGUGCAUUAGAACUAGGUUUGGAAACCGAAGCAGCAGUUCCUGUAAAACAAGAACCAGAGACUGUACCUACUCCAGCACUGUUAAAUGUGAGGCAGCAGCCUCCAUCUACUACAACAUUUGUGCUGAAUCAAAUAAAUCAGCUUCCACCCUUGGCAUCUACAAUUGUAAUGACUAAAACACCACCUGUAACAACCAACAGGCAAACCAUCACUUUAACUAAGUUUAUCCAGACUACUGCAAGCACACGCCCUUCAGUCUCAGCACCAGCAGUACGAAAUGCCAUGACCUCUGCACCUUCAAAAGACCAGGUUCAACUGAAGGAUCUACUAAAACAUAAUAGUCUUAAUGAACUCAUGAAACUAAAGCCACCUGCUAAUAUUGCUCAGCCAGUAGCAACAGCAGCUACUGAUGUAAGCAAUGGUACAGUAAAGAAAGAGUCUUCUAAUAAAGAUGUAGCAAGAAUGUGGAUAAACGACAUGAAAAUGAGGAGUUUUUCCCCGACUAUGAAGGUCCCUGUUAUAAAAGAAGAUGACGAACCAGAGGAAGAAGACGAAGAAGAAAUGGGUCAUGCAGAAACCUAUGCAGAGUACAUGCCAAUAAAAUUAAAAAUUGGCCUACGUCACCCAGAUGCUGUAGUGGAAACUAGCUCUUUAUCCAGUGUUACUCCUCCUGAUGUUUGGUACAAAACAUCGAUUUCUGAGGAAACCAUUGAUAAUGGCUGGUUAUCAGCAUUACAGCUUGAGGCAAUUACAUAUGCAGCCCAGCAACAUGAAACUUUUCUACCUAAUGGAGAUCGUGCUGGCUUCUUAAUAGGUGAUGGUGCUGGUGUAGGAAAAGGAAGAACGAUAGCAGGAAUCAUCUAUGAAAAUUAUUUGUUGAGUAGAAAACGAGCAUUGUGGUUUAGUGUUUCAAAUGAUUUAAAAUAUGAUGCUGAAAGAGAUUUAAGGGAUAUUGGAGCAAAAAACAUUUUGGUUCAUUCAUUAAAUAAGUUUAAAUAUGGAAAAAUUUCUUCCAAACAUAAUGGGAGUGUGAAAAAGGGUGUUAUUUUUGCUACAUACUCUUCACUUAUUGGUGAAAGCCAGUCUGGUGGCAAGUAUAAAACUAGGUUAAAACAACUUCUACAUUGGUGCGGUGAUGACUUCGAUGGAGUGAUAGUGUUUGAUGAGUGUCAUAAAGCAAAAAACUUAUGUCCUGUUGGUUCUUCAAAGCCAACCAAGACAGGCUUAGCUGUCUUAGAGCUUCAGAACAAAUUGCCAAAAGCCAGAGUUGUUUAUGCUAGUGCAACUGGCGCUUCUGAACCACGCAACAUGGCCUAUAUGAACCGUCUUGGCAUAUGGGGUGAGGGUACUCCAUUUAGAGAAUUCAGUGAUUUUAUUCAAGCAGUAGAACGGAGAGGAGUUGGUGCCAUGGAAAUAGUUGCUAUGGAUAUGAAGCUUAGAGGAAUGUACAUUGCUCGACAGCUGAGCUUUACUGGAGUGACCUUCAAAAUUGAAGAAGUUCUUCUUUCUCAGAGCUAUGUAAAAAUGUAUAACAAAGCAGUCAAGCUGUGGGUCAUCGCCAGAGAGCGGUUUCAGCAAGCUGCAGAUCUGAUUGAUGCCGAACAACGAAUGAAGAAGUCCAUGUGGGGUCAGUUCUGGUCUGCUCAUCAGAGGUUUUUCAAAUACUUAUGUAUAGCAUCCAAAGUUAAAAGGGUUGUGCAACUAGCUCGAGAGGAAAUCAAGAAUGGAAAAUGUGUUGUAAUUGGUCUACAGUCUACAGGAGAAGCUAGAACAUUAGAAGCUUUGGAAGAGGGCGGGGGAGAAUUGAAUGAUUUUGUUUCAACUGCCAAAGGUGUGUUGCAGUCUCUUAUUGAAAAACAUUUUCCUGCUCCAGACAGGAAAAAACUUUAUAGUUUGCUAGGAAUCGAUUUGACAGCUCCAAGUAACAACAGUUCACCAAGAGAUAGUCCUUGUAAAGAAAAUAAAGUAAAGAAGCGGAAAGGUGAAGAAAUAACUCGAGAAGCCAAAAAAGCACGAAAAGUAGGUGGACUUACUGGUAGCAGUUCUGAUGACAGUGGAAGUGAAUCUGAUGCCUCUGAUAAUGAAGAAAGUGACUAUGACAGCUCUAAAAACAUGAGUUCUGGAGAUGAUGAUGAUUUCAACCCAUUUAGAGAUGAGUCUAGUGAGGAUGAUGAAAAUGAUCCCUGGUUAAUCAGAAAAGAUCACAAGAAAAACAAAGAGAAGAAAAAGAAGAAAAGUAUAGAUCCAGAUUCUAUUCAAAGUGCCUUAUUAGCAUCAGGUCUUGGAUCAAAACGACCCAGUUUUUCAUCUACACCAGUUAUCUCACCUGCUCCUAACAGUACACCAGCUAACAGUAACACCAACAGUAACAGUAGCCUUAUAACAAGUCAGGAUGCCGUGGAAAGGGCUCAGCAGAUGAAGAAAGACCUGCUUGAUAAACUAGAAAAAUUAGCUGAAGACCUCCCCCCUAAUACCCUGGAUGAACUUAUCGAUGAACUUGGCGGCCCUGAGAAUGUUGCUGAGAUGACUGGCCGCAAGGGACGGGUUGUGAGCAAUGAUGAUGGAAGCAUAUCUUAUGAAUCAAGAUCUGAACUUGAUGUGCCUGUGGAAAUACUAAACAUCACAGAAAAACAGCGAUUUAUGGAUGGAGAUAAGAAUAUUGCUAUCAUCUCAGAAGCUGCCAGCUCGGGUAUUUCAUUACAAGCAGAUAGGAGAGCUAAAAAUCAAAGGCGAAGAGUUCAUAUGACUUUAGAAUUACCUUGGAGCGCUGAUAGAGCAAUUCAACAAUUCGGUAAGUUCCUUCACUGGAUUUUAGAAAUAGUCAUGAAAUCCAUUGUGAACUUGGAUUCCCCUAUGGUAUCACCACCUCCAGACUAUCCUGGAGAAUUUUUUAAAGAUGUUCGACAAGGACUGAUAGGAGUUGGUCUGAUAAAUGUAGAGGAUCGCUCGGGAAUUCUUACUCUCGAUAAAGAUUAUAACAACAUAGGAAAAUUCUUAAAUAGAAUUUUAGGCAUGGAGGUACAUCAGCAGAAUUCAUUAUUUCAGUAUUUUGCGGACACGCUUACUGCAGUUGUCCAAAAUGCCAAAAAAAAUGGAAGAUACGAUAUGGGAAUCUUAGACCUUGGUUCUGGAGAUGAAAAGGUGAGGAAAAGUGAUGUUAAAAAGUUUCUGACCCCAGGAUAUUCAACCUCUGGCCACGUAGAAUUAUACACAAUUAGUGUAGAGAGGGGAAUGUCAUGGGAAGAAGCUACUAAGAUUUGGGCCGAACUGACAGGACCAGACGAUGGCUUUUACUUGUCAUUGCAAAUAAGAAACAACAAGAAAACUGCCAUCUUAGUUAAAGAAGUGAAUCCUAAAAAGAAACUUUUCUUAGUUUAUCGACCGAAUACUGGGAAACAGCUCAAAUUAGAAAUUUAUGCUGAUCUAAAAAAGAAAUACAAGAAGGUUGUCUCAGAUGAUGCCCUGAUGCACUGGUUAGAUCAGUAUAAUUCAUCUGCAGAUACUUGUACUCAUGCUUAUUGGCGUGGCAAUUGCAAAAAAGCAAGCUUGGGGUUAGUUUGUGAAAUAGGUCUUCGUUGCCGUACAUAUUAUGUAUUAUGUGGUUCAGUGCUGAGUGUCUGGACAAAAGUUGAGGGUGUUCUAGCAUCUGUCAGUGGCACAAACGUGAAAAUGCAGAUCGUCCGGCUAAGAACGGAAGAUGGGCAACGGAUAGUAGGUUUGAUCAUUCCAGCAAAUUGUGUGUCUCCACUUGUAAAUCUCCUGUCAACUUCAGACCAGUCUCAACAGCUUGCGGUCCAACAGAAGCAGCUAUGGCAACAGCAUCACCCUCAGAGCAUCACCAACUUGAGCAACGCGUAAAGAACAGACAGGUUUCAACAUGGAUGUAUCUGAAAUGCUGUUGAAGCAUAUCAUUUGCAUAAAAAUCAGGGACAGUUUCCAAAGAAUUAUAUAUUUUUUUCAGUUGUGCUCUCUCUAGUUAGUUUUUUUGGGAGUAAAGACAAACCUGGAAUAGAUAGCAAAACUGAAAAUCGGCAGUGCUGAUGGUGGUACAUAUGUCUUUCCUUUUGCUUCUCCCCUGGUACUUCCCAUCUGCUUUUACUUUGGGUAAGCAGAGGGGGAUGUGUGCGUGCGUGUGUGUCAGUCUGUUUGUGAGUGUGUUAAAGGCUACAGACCACAGUUGGUUUAAAAUGCUUGGAACUUCCCAAACUGGCUUUACUUUUAUGUUUAUACAGUGCUCAGGGUUAAUGCAGUACAUCCAUGCCAUUGCUGUGGGAGGUAUCCCCGGAUGCAUGUGUUUUGAGUCUAUAAAUAUAGAAAAUAUAUAUUGGUUUCUUUUUCCAACUUAAUAGGUUUAUUAAAGCAUGAGAUGAAAAGUUACAUACCAUGCAUUCAGGUUAUUUUCUAAUUUUUGUUCUGACAGUGCAUGUCUUUGAAAGCAUGCGUCAACAAGAUUAACACAGAAGUCGAGUAACAGAGAGAAACAUUUGUUAGAUGUACAGCAUUGGUUAUUGCAUUUUUAUAGUGUUUAUACCUGGGUAUUGCUUCUAACCCUGCAGACCCCUCCUGCCCCUUUUCCUCCCUGCCCUGUGUUUCUGGUCAAGGUAAUGAGUACAUACAUUUUUCUGUGAUAAAACUCUUAAAAUUUAAUUUUAAUGUAUUAAUAGUAUUCCUAAUGUGUGCUGCAGAAAUGGCUAUAAGCCUCUUAAAUUUACAUUUUCAACUUAAAGGUAGUUUUAGAAGGAAGUACAAAUUGGCUUUCAUCCUGCAAACAAUUGUUUUUUACUUCAUUAUCUUAAUUUGCUUUGUCACUCUAUAAAGGAAACCGUACUUGAGCUGUAGACAAUGAGGAAACAUUUGAGGCUUCUGCUGUAUGUUUUUUUGUUACUGUUGUUAUUGUUGUUACUCAGUAACUUGAAUAUUGUUUAAUGUGUUGUAAGACAUUGUAGAGUUUAUCUCAAGCUGUUAAAAAUGGUAAUGUACAAAUGUGAAUAGACACUUAUCUAUAUAAUAUGGGUAAGUUUUGUUUCGCCUAUAAUAGAUGUUUAUAAAAACAAGUGAGGGGACAGUUGGUCUUUUUAUUUCCUUUUCCUUCUUUCUUUUGCUUGCACAGGUUGCACUAUUGAAAAAUCGAGAUUGUAUAAACCUGGUAAAAGCUGCAAGAUGCCAAAAUCUUGUAGAUGUCAAAUAAAAAGUUAUUAUACUAACAAGAAGUGGACUCUUGUUUAGGUCCUCACUGGUGACCUUCAAUAGUAGUCUGUGACGGGGACUCUGCAGAACUUGUGUGUUGCCUCAGCAUUCCAGUUAGCCUUAUAGUUUGGCUUAAAACCUAUUGCUAAAAUUUGAGAUGGCAUUGAAGGAAAGGGUAAAAUGAUAGUACUUCCGAAUGUGUUUUUCAAGUUGAAUUGUUCGCUUUGUUAACUUUUUUAACUUCUUGCAGAAUUGGGUGAGAUGUGUGUUAGCUGACAGAAACCUGGCCGAAAGCUUAGGAUGCUCAUCCUCUGUGUCUCUAGCCUGAGUUUGGUUAUGUCAAGCUUACCCUAAGUUUUCUUAGGAUUUAUUUAUUCUUGGUGCCUACAAGAGUAAGUUGAAAGUACUUUCUGUUCUUCGGCACAUUUUGCCCAGUGGAUGCAACUUCUCUCCUCAGUCCAGCUCAUGUAUCUCAGGCAGUGAUCCAUUUUCAAUCCCUUGUUAGGGCCACUAGACCUGGCAGGCAGCCAAGAGCAGCACUGUCCCCACCUUCAGCAGAACUUCUCAGCUCGUGUGUGUUUUUAAAGCAGUAGUCAGCUUCCAUCAGCAAUGCAAGUGUCCCCACUCAGUGGAGGUACAGUCGCUGGACCUGAGGAAGGGAAGAAUUACAAAUCCUCCUCCAGUGAGACAGAGUGGCAGGAUUGGGAAGGAUCUUCUCUUGCAGGCUGUUGGCCCAACUCUUCUUUCUGUGUUACCAGGGCAUCUUAGUUUUUUAUGGUGUUUUCAAAGCAGCAUAUGCGGAUUCCUUAGCAUGCAGCUAAUUGACACCCCCCAUGGCUCAUAAUGUAAUAACAUUUGCUCUGGACCAGCCAUCUUUAUACACAGGAGCAUAUGUAUCUUAAUGUUCUUGUAGAACAGCUUUGCCCCCCCGCCCAAUUAAAACAAAAAGGCCUCUGAAAGCCCUCUCAAAGCAGACCUCAAAAAGGCAACCCAUGUGAAUGGAUGGGAGCCGGGGUGCUACAUGCCCAGGCUGGUCAUGGUGUGUGCACUUCCCAGAGUUGCACCCACCCCUUCAGGUGGACAUCCAACCUUUACACUGUGCUCUUACAAAAGUCAGCGAGUUCAGGUCAGCCACCCUAUGAAGCUUCAGUAUUCAAGGUCCUCUCCUAUUAAAACCCAACUCUUGGCUGGAUGUGGUGGCUCACACUUGUAGUCCCAGCACUUUGGGAGGCUGAGGCAGGCAGAUCACUUGAGGCCAGGAGUUCGAGACCAGCCUGGCCAACAUGGCGAGACCCCAUCUGUACCAAAAAAUUAGCCGCUAACUUCUGUAAAAUACGUCCAUUUAUUCCAGGCUGUAAAUGCCACACCUGAAUCCAGAGGCCUUGUUUAACCUCAUGUCCAUUUUGCCUCUGCAAUGCCUUUUUCUUCUUUUUAGCAAUAUGGCUCUGAGCACAAAGAUUUGAUUGGAAAUCGUGUUGGUGUUUUCAGAGUUUACAGUGUCAGUUGUACUGAAAACCACUUCCAGAGUCUAAAGCAGCUCAGAUGUUAUUUUUGGGGGGAGUUAGUGUUCCCCUAAUUUAGCAGCCUCUGCACCACAAGGUCUCUAUCUGUAGUAACUGAGAUUAUCCAGAUAUACUAUCAAUGAUACAAAUCCGUAGAAGUAUUAUGCAUUUCUUUAAACACAUCUUGAUUAAGAAGCAGAUCUGUUAAGCAGUUUUCUUAUUCUGCUGCUCAGUUGCAGUUAGACACUUCAGUAUCUUCUUUUUACAUGUGUAUAUAAAUUAGCAGGAACCUGUAUCCAAAGCAAUGUAGUAGUGUGUGUGUAUCUAUGUAUAUUUAUUCUAACUCAGCACUUCAGAAGCCUUUUUGAGUUACAACAAUAAAUCUUUUAGUUUGCUUCAUCUGUAGAGGUAAAAGUUCUAUAUUACCAAGCUCCACAGGAAUAUAAUAUUUUAGAGGCACAAUUUUCUGGCUGUAGCCCCUGGGGCAUUCCUUUGCUGGCCUGCAUGGGAUGCUAUUAGAACAACUGUUCGCAAGCAAGGGAAGAAAGGGUACCAGGACAGCGUUCACAGUUGUAGAAUGGGAGCUUUCUGCCUUCUCCCCUCCACUUUCGUUUUAGCAUGAAAGAAAGAAAAAAAAAUAAUAGAUUCAAAAUGAUUGUUGCAUCUCAAUUCAUGAAAGUAGGGGCAGAAGUUCCCUCUGGAUCCUUUUCUUGACAAGCAGUCCAGAGGAAGGUCCUCAUACACACGUACCUGUGUGGUAUUUGGUAGUUUCUAAGAUUGGUGCUACGUAAGUGUUGCUGUUAGGCUGGGAUCCUGUUAAUGAACGUUUGGUUAGUUCAGGCCUCCCAGUGGCAAAGGCAAGACACCGUGGUGAUGGACAUGUACUGACUCCCCUUCUAUGUGACUUUGGUGGCCCUGGCUAACACCACACCCAGGCUUACUGCGCUCAGCCCACUUAGCUGCAGAAAUGUAACAAGGCUUCCAUGUCAGGGCUACAGCUGAGAGUAAAAACUGCAAAAAAAGGUCUCAUUGGAUGCCAAUUGUCUGAUACAAAUGCAGUGUCUUUUAAGUGACAGAAACACACCUAAAUACCUGCAACUCAAGCUCACUGGCAUUUUUUUGUGUGUGAGUACUUGAGACAGAAUCCAAAACCCACCCUCUAAUUUUAUGAUGUAAUUACAUAUAUGUACAUAAAUGUAUAUAUAUAGAAAUGUCGAGUUCUUCUGAAUUCUGAAUGUAAAUAAUUCUUGUAAAGUGGGACUCCGCCUACUUGUUUCUCCCUUUUCCCUCUUUCCUUCAGCUCUAUUUAUUCUUUUCUUGACUUUCCCAUAUGGGGCAUCUUAGGACUUUUUUUCAUUUAGAAAAGUAUGGGAAACUUUUCAUUUAGAAAAGUAUUUGCUUCUGUAUUUUAGAAUUCAGUUUUGCAUCUUUGCUGUAGAAUUCCUGUCUGUUUUGUGUUAAUGUUUUUUAAUAUGUCUGAUUGUGUUUUACAUUUUUAUUACUAUUUUUAUUGUGUGCAAUGCAUUGUAAUGGGGGUGUGCACUUGAGUGCUGUUUUUGAUACUGUCAUUGUAUGGCUGGUCUUGCUCAUUCAUGUUGUUCUUUGGAAGCUGUAGUGAGCCUGAUGUUUUCACAUUUAAAAAAAUGCUUCCUGAGACUUCUUUAAGCUCCUCUAAUUUCUUCAGUGCAUUUGGGAUCAGACUUAGCUCUUAGAUCAGCAAGCCUGACUUGCUCCUACUUUCGCAAUUUUUCAGGCCUGUACCAUAUUUCUUAUCUUUGGCUUCCCACCUGAUAGGAAAAUCUUGCAGAUUUGAAACAGUGGUUUCUGGCCUGCUCUUGCUGCUGCAAAUUCCCUGUUUAUUUAAGAAGUUGGACCUAUGCUUUUAACCUGUAAAUAAUGAGUAAUUUACUUUGCAAUGAACACAGGUAGUCUGCUGCUGUUACAACCUUUUGAGGAUAUUUAUAGCAGGCAGAAGGCAGGCCUAGUGCGUUAUUGGCAGGUGACUUUAGAGAAUGUCCAUUAAGGAACAACUGCCCUCCAAAAGAGAGCCAGGCAACUGCUGCGGAGCCUCCUAGGCUGACUCUGUUGGAGGGUUAGACAGGUGUGUGCCCACUGCCGUGCUGGCCCAUGGGGUCCCUGAGCAGCUGUGCUCUCCACUCUUGUAUUGGUGAGUGGAUCUUGACUACAUCAGUCAGAAGCCUAGAAGCGGAGCUAGAUGGAGGCAUUUUUAAUAAUUUGAGUUGGGAAGACCCAGAUGGCUUAUGAAAAUAGUGUUGUCGAGCACCCGGGAGGCAGACAUUGGGUAGUUGUUCACAAUUUGGCACCCUGCAAGAAAAUGUUCCUCUGUAACUUUCAGGGAGGAUUGCUGUGAGCCUCUCUGGGGCCUUUCAUUCAUGUACAAGUUUCAUUCAUUACUAUUCAACUUGGUAGACUUGGUGAAAAUGUAAAAGUGUUCUGCAUUUGGAUCAGUCUUGGGAACUAAAUUUGUCGUGAAUUGGGGCCUGUCACAGAUUGCCUCCAGUGUGAAUCCCCUGCUCGGACCCUCUUUGCUCAGCCUCCCUCUGGAGCCCAUUGGGAAGCCGCGCUGUGGUUGGCAGUGGGGCCAUCUGGGCUGCAGAAAUGUGGCAGGGCACAGUCCACCAAGACUGCCUCUCAGUGCAGGGUUGAGCAAGGGAAGAGGCAGGAAAAGUUGCUGCUUUCUGGUACUUACAAUUCAGGCAUUCUCCACAGUGAAGGCCACUCUGCAGGCCCCUGCUGAGAACCUGCCUGGCUUUCCAUUACAGGCCCCUAACCAGUACCCUGCCCUUUUGGCCCGUUUGUGCCUGGGCAGAUGUUUCUGGCCAGCAGACACUGAAGGCCUUUUUGCUAUGACAGCAUUUAUGGCACUGAAGAAGAUAAAGAAGCUUGAACCCUCUUCUGACUCCCGCUUGAUGGGACAGAGAGAGCUGUUUUUCUACAUAGCACAUUGCAGUCUUACCGCUAUCAGAAAAAUAUCCUGUUCAUGGUUUAUACUGAUAUUUGCAAACUACUGAUAAGAUUUUUCAAUAACCACUUGUAUCUUCCAUCGUCCAUGAGAGGUGGGAAGAGGUACGCUGUAUCUCUGCAAUAAAACUUUGACCAGGUUCUACCUCCUCUGAGCAAAGGAUACUUUUCUAUGUAGGCGUAGAUUGUUCUCCUUUCCUAAUCUGACAUGGUGCAUCUGGAGACAUCUGAUGGAAUCCAAAGACAACUUGAAACAAAGGUGGAUGUCAGCUCUCAGUUUGUUUUCAUUUCAUUCUCUUUUUUUAAAAUCUUCCUUUUGCUAUCGCUCCUGUUGUGGAGUAUCUGUCAGCGUGGGAAGGGUACGCCCUGUUCCAGUGAUACUGCACUGCUGCGUCCAGCUUUUCGUGGGAACACAGUACCAAGCAUCUGGAAUUGAUUAUCCCAAACAUUUUUGAUAUGUACUUAAAAAUUUGGCCUCAUGCAAUAAAAAUGUACUGGCUGCAUUUUAGCAAGGUUUACUCUUGCAAGUGAAAAUGAUCAACCGUGAAGCGUAACAAAUUCUGUAUUUAGUUUUUUUUGUUGUUGUGGUUUUUGUUUUGUUUUUUUGUUUUUGUAAGAUUCUUAAAUAAAUUAAAUAAGAGUCA